AACCACUAUAUAAACGGGCCCGCUUCCGGUGGGUGCGCAUUUACGUUUGGCAGUGCUGCGGAGCUCGUUGGUUGUUUUCAGACGAAGCCCCGCCAAAACAACAAUAUGUGCGACGAACGAAAGUUAUUCGUCGGCGGACUGAGCUUUGAGACGGACGAGCAGGCCCUGGAAGCCGUUUUCUCCAAGUACGGCGAGAUCGUUGACACCCGGGUGAUCAAGGACAAGGUCACCAUGACGUCCCGCGGCUUCGGCUUCAUCACCUUCGAGAACCCGGAGGAUGCCUCCGAGGCCUUACAGGCAAUGAACGGCAAGUCUCUAGAUGGCCGCCAGAUCCGGGUGGACCACGCUGAGAAGAAAUCGGGUGACGGCGGUUACGGAGGAGGUCGAGGCGGCUACCGACGGGGCAACAGUUACUCAAGCGGCGGUGGCUACGGUGGAGGCGGAUACGGUGGUGGCGGAUACGGAGGUUACGGCGGCGGCGGUGGCUACAGCAGCGGAGGCUACAGCGGAGGUGGUUACGGUAGCGGAAGCGGCGGUUAUGGCGGCUACCGGCAUUACGACUCCAAGUCGGGCGGCGGCUACUCCCGGGGGUCCCGUGGUAAUAACUACGAUCGGUACGCUACCAACAGAUAGAAGCCCACCGCCGGCUGUGCUUUCCAGGUCACCGUGAUCCUCGACCACUUGCUGUUUCUGAAGGGACUUUUUUUUGGGGCGAACGCCGUCUAAUCUCUUGAAUUCAAUCUCGCUUCUUCGGGACGCUGUCUAAUUCUCCGUCCACUCGUAUUCCCAUCCUUUGUUGCAGUAAAGGUUUCUCACAGCAACGGCGGGGCGGGGGGAGGGUUUGUCGGACCUUUUCCUAAAUUCCGAACUUAAUUAGUCCCUUAGCAGUGUUUCUUUCCCACAAUAAUUUCCCAAUAGCUUUUGUUAUUUUUGUUUAUUUUUGACUAUUAAGGAUGUAGAUCCAUUGAUCUCCGCAUAAUAGCCCAGCAGCUCAGUGCUGCCUCUCCCAGUGCCCGGGCGUUGCAUUAGCUGCUGAUUUUUGUUUGCUCUGUUCUGGUUUUAAAAUGGCGUACUCGCCUUGUGCAGAGACAUUCAAUGCUCAAGUGUGUCGGCAAUGUGCUCCAAGUCCUCCUUUUCCCCUGCCCGCAGUAAUCUUUAGGACCGCCAGGGUAUCUGGCUGAGUAACUGCAUUGUAACAUUUUCGUCUUUAGUCAGACAUCAAUUUUGGAAGUGGGAGCAUUUUCUAUUUUAUUCUCGAGGUUUUAUGGGGCCACAUUACUGAUUUAAAUAGGGAACAACGAUCCAAUUGAUUUUUUAGUAGGCUGGGAAAUGCGCUGUAGUUUCAGCUGGUUGGGGAAAACGCCACAUUUCUGGAGAUUGCAUUCGUGAGCAACAGUUUGACUUUGUAUAUUCUGUUACAGAUAUGACUGUUUUAAUGAGUGCAAAACAUUAAAGAACAUUGAUCCGGGGGGAAUGGUGCAGUCCAUCCCCGUCAAUUGUACACUUAUCUAGUUAUAUUGUGGGUUAUAUUGAUAUCUGACAAACUGUUUUCAAUGUAAAUCUAGUGCCACUCAGCCAGUAAACCACUGUAUGCUGGUUCGGAGUAUGGCCUCUGCAUUAAGUGAGAAGUCUACAGUUGAAACUUUAGUACUGUCCUACUAUAAGUAGUACAACAUUAAGCUAACAGUUUUUUUAAUGGCAAAUUGUUAGGAAGUUGAUAGCUGUUUCUUAUUGAAUUUUCAUGAGUUAGCAUGGAAUGUUUUUGUACAAAAACUUGCCACUUUGGAGACAUGUCAAUGGGAAAAAUAAAAGUUAAAGAUAUUCA